UAAGACGAUGCUUAUCUCGAAAUCAAUGAAUUUAAUCAGUAUUAUUGUAAAUAGAAAUUGAUCACGUAUACGAAAGUGCCUAGUAUUUUGGAAGCACGUUUCGCAAACGCGCUAUGUCAGCAUGUAGCCUCAGAAAAGUAUUGUUUCAGAUAUUUAUAAAGGACGGGUUUAUUAACUCUGGGUCAUUCUGUUUUGUGUAGUUGAGGGUGGUGUUUAGGAGAAGAAAGUUUUGGAACUGAAUUGCUAUUAGGUACAAUUUUCCUGUUUGUCCUGUGUGUCCUAAAAAUCUUGGCCUAAAGUAAAACUGAAUAAUGCGAAGCUUUCAGUUCCUAGUUUUGGUCGCCGUUGCCUUGAGUUUGGUGAUCGGUACGGAAGGCUUAAGAAGGAGGAAACACAAGAGAGAUGAGUACGAAAGUCUAAAAUCAGCAGAAGAAGAUGAAGAGGUGAACGAAGAUUUCGAUGAGCUCGAUCCGUGCCAAUGCGGAGUCUUCAUGUCGCAGCAGGUCGGCCUGAAGGAGGGUCGUAGAGGCCGGCCGAGAGGACCGCCCCAGGGCGAGCCGGUGGUCACUUAUGACACGGAGGAGCCCAGCUUGCCCUGCGGCUUGGGAGGGUUCAAGAACUGCGUUACUAAAUGCCUGGAUGUGAUCCUGAAAUACCUUCCUCGCGCUGGACCAGUCAUUUGCGGCGCAGUGGAGCGCGACAUUCAUAGAGAGAAGGCGUUCCUUUUCAUCAGGAACUGCGGGGGAGAGUGGACUCCAACUAGCUUCUCUGCAGGAAAGGAGUUCUGUUGCACUGAUGGCCAGCACCAUAAGUGCUGAUUUUCACGCCAUAAAAGAAAAAAAAAGUGACGCGGCCGAUUUUAAUUUGACAUGAGGUUCUAUUUUGAAAAAAAUAAUUAAAAAAGUUAUCCACUAAAUAGUUUGCGGUCAUGUUUCAUAUUAAUUUUAAAAAUACCUAAUAAGUUUGUGAAGUAUCUUUGUUUAAGGUUCUUAGCAAGUAGGUACCUAGUAUAAUAUUUAAACGAAUAGUUUUAGUAAGUGUACGUGUAAGUUUUCAUUUGCAUUUUAUAAGAAUGUAGAGUAAGGUAGAUCACACAGACAUCACAUUACCAAAUAUGUUUUAUUUUCUUCAAUCGUAUGGUUUAGGUAUCGUAGGAAAAUCAUGAAUUAGUAUGUAGGCAUUGUAAAGUAGAAUGAGUAAAUAAUUAAUUGGUAUUUAAGUUACUUUUAUAGGUCAAACAUUGUAA